CUCUCAGCGUCCCAUCGCGGCGGGCCUCCCCGGCCUCGGCCGGGCGUUCGCGUUGCGUCGCCAUGACGUUCGACGUGGUGGUGUUGGGUGCCACGGGCUUCACAGGGAAAUUGGCGUGUGAAUAUUUAGCCCAACGAGGUGCUCCCGAGGUCCACUGGGCCAUGGCCGGCCGGGACCUGGCCAAGCUGGAAGCUGUGAGGCAAGACUUGCCCCAGGGCGCCAAAGAGAUCCCACUUCUCCAGGUGGAUGUGAAAAAUGUGGAGGAGCUCCAGGAAGUGGCCAAGAAAGCCAAAGUGAUCCUGAACUUUGCUGGCAGCCCCUAUGCCGACAAGGCCCUGCCAGUGGUGGACGCCUGCGCCUCCAACGGCUGUUGUUACGUGGACAUCACUGGGGAAGCGCCAUUCAUGAAGACCUCGGCAGAGAUGUACGAUGCCAAAGCCAAAGAGAACAAGGCCUUGAUUCUUCACAGCUGUGGUUUCGAUAGCAUUCCUUGUGACAUCGCCGCCUUCAUGGCCGCCAAAGCCAUGCGAGAAAGGCACGGCAUGGCCUGCAGCAAGAUUCGCAAUGCGGUAUCUAUGAGGGGGGGCGUCAGUGGUGGCACCAUCCACAGCGGCCUUCACUUGUUGUCAUCAGACGUGGAGAACGCAGAGGCCUUCAAGGAUCCCUACGGCAUGAACCCCAGCGGCAGCCAGCGCGGCCCCGACACUGCGGACGGCGGCGACACGAACUUGCCACGCUGGGAUGACUUGAGCGAACGCUGGCUGAUGUUUAGCCCGUUGUCCAAUCCCAGUACUCGCACGGUGCGUCGCAGCAACGCCCUCAUGGGCUACGAGUAUGGCCAGGGAGUCAGCUAUGGUGAAGGCAUGGCUGUCCCUGGCCCCAUCAGCGGAUGGUUGGGUACGGCCGGCAUGGGCUUUGUCGUUGGCCUUUUGCUCUUUCCACCCACGCGCUGGGCUCUCACGAAGUGGGCCCUGCCAUCCCCUGGACAAGGGCCUUCCAGGAAAGCCAUGGAGGAGGGAUACUUCACUGUGCGCGCCGUGGCACGGGGUGAGAACCUGAAGGAUGGAAAGCAUCCCACAGUGGCAGCACAGGUGCAAAGCGGCACGGGAGGGGAUCCUGGCUACAAAUGCACAGCGCUGAUGUCUGUUGAGAGCGCCUUGUGUUGCGCGCUGCAGCGUGAGAAGUUGGCAGCUGGCGGAGUGCACACGCCCGCUUCGGGGCUGGGCCAAAGCUUGGUGGAUCGCCUCAACGACGCGGGGAUGAAACUCUUUGUCGAGCCUUAGGCCUACCAGGGCAAUUCUUUUUGGACCGUCCAACUUGCCAUCCAACGACCGUAGACCGUCCAAAACAUACCCGAGCAGAGUACAGCUCUUCGUUUUCAGGGUUUGCACGCCCGAGUCGCAAAGAUGUCGCCUUGCUCGGAGCAGAUAUGCGGCCUUGUCCUUGGUGAUUCUUAGUACACGUGAAGGGGGGAAUGUAAGCCUGCAGGGGUCGGAAUCG